AUGGCCAGCAACCUUUACGAAACACUUGGCUUGAGCAGAGAUGCUACUCCAGACCAGAUUCGCAAGGCUUAUAGGAGGAAAGCUUUAGAAACUCAUCCUGACCGCUUGCCUCAAGGCGCUUCUCCGGCGCAGAAAUCCGCAUCAGAGGAGAUGUUCCGUAAGGUCAAUAAUGCUUAUGAAGUCCUCAGCAACCCAGACAAUCGCAAGGCUUAUGACCAAUACGGAGUAUGGCCGCCUCCAACUGCCCAGGAGAGUUACACUCAGGGCAACUGGCAACACCCUUUUAUACUCUUCAAUCAGAUUUUUGGAGAUCUCCAUCAAGCCUUUUCGAGAGAUCCCUUCGGUGAUCCAUUCGGCCAUCGGGAUGAUGGCUUUUUUGGCCGAGGGUUCAUGUCUCCAAUGUCCAUGCCUCACAUUACGAGUUCGCCGUUUGGAUUUCUCACUGGCGGAAACGUAAAUGCAUACAGCUCUUCUUCCCGUGGGGGAUUCGCUGGUGGCCCGAACAGCUCUAGAUGGGUUUCCGAGAGCUACACAACUUCUACAGUGAAUGGCGUUACCCACACCAAAGCUGUUCGUAGAGAUUCACAAGGUAACGAGCACGUCACCUACUCAUUCCCGGAUGGUACCGAGCGCCGCCUGAUCAAUGGUGUCGAGCAACCUUCAAACUCUAACCCUCCCCCAUCUCAUCAUAACAACCGUGCCAUCGCUGCACCGCCGCCAAGUCAAGACCCUCCUCCGCCAUACGAUACUGUUAUCCCUCCCCCAGCUUCAGGAUCCAGGCGCUCAUCGCGGUCCAUUCACUCCAGGUCCCGGGACUAUGCAAGGCAACCCCAAGAUCCCAACCCUACAUACUCGAUGCAGCCACAGGCGCCUUACGCCUCGCAAUAUGCGGAUCCAAAUUCAUCUGGACACCAGAAGAACAAUAGGAGACAUGCUAGCGCAGACGAGGCGCGAGGUGGGACUGCGUGGAACUUUUGGAAGUGAAUGAAGCUAUGAUCAAGAUGAUGAAAUUAUUGUCUCCAUACCUGGCCAUUCACUUUGAUUGCGGACGAUUCUGCAAUGUAUUUGUUGUUUGUUUAUUUAUUUUCAUUCUCCCAGUGUUGUACCCUCGUCCACUGUAUGUUGUAUUCCACUUUGCUACCUCCCUAUGGAGAACUUGGUCAUUUCUUACUGAGUAGUAAGGCUACUGACAAUGGAAGAAUUAACUUUGUUCAUACACAUCAAAAAUUUCAAAAUUUCGUUAAUCGUUAAUACAUAAUGCACCGCGAUAAAUUCAAAA